AUGUCUCUUCUGUACCCGAACCCCCUGGGCCACGUCUACCGCCUGAUCGAGCCGGGUCCAGUGCUGCUGGUGACCACUGGAUCCCUGCGUGACGCGACCCACAACGUCAUGACUAUCGGCUUUCAUAUGAUGAUGCAUCACCAGUCACCGCCGCUGAUAGGCAUCACGCUGGGCCCCUGGAACGCCUCAUUCGCCCGCCUGCGCAAGCACCGCGCAUGCGUGCUGGCCAUUCCUUCCGUGGAAAUGGCCCCCGAGGUGGUCGACAUUGGGAAUUGCUCCGCGGCUGGAGACGGGGAACCCACCAAGUGGGAGCAAUUCGCACUCGAAGCACGCCCCGCAGACCAGGUCGAGCCCCCCUUGAUAGCUGCCCCGCACAUCCUGGCCAACAUUGAGUGUGUGGUGGAGGAUACGAUUCUGGUGUCCAAGUACGCGAUGUGGGUGCUCCGGCCCGUCAACGCAUGGACCAGAAGGGGGGAUCAUCAGCCCGGCACCGUCUUUCAUCAUCGCGGCCAGGGGGUCAUGGUGGCCGACGGCGAAGCGAUUGACCUCUCGCAGCGGAUGAUCAAGUGGCAGGAGUUUUUGGGUUGA